CUCAUCGGACUCUGAGCCUCUCGCUUCUCUAUCUUUCUCUCUUUCUGCCAAGCCAAAUUAACACGCAUCAGGGAGGUGAAAUCCCGAAAAUACCCCUCGAGGACACAAAUCACACUCACUUCGUUCACACACACAGCUGCUUCUCUUCCGCCCUCGAGCCUGAUAAUGGAAGACAGCGUCAACUACGAAAUCCGAAACUCUCGUUCCAAAUCGCCCGACGUAUUUGCCGAAACGUUCGACAAUCGGUUCAAUUCCACCAACCAUGUCCGUGCUGCGAUUCGCAAUUCCGGCACUGUUUCAAACAGUGUUGAUCCCCCAACUACCGUAUCCGGUGGAAAAUCCGAUUCUAGGGUUACAUACGGAACAGGGCCGAGUGUCUCAAGGUAUAAAUUGAUGUCUCCGGCGAAACUUCCGAUCUCGAGGUCGCCGUGCCUGACGAUCCCUCCCGGUUUGAGUCCGUCUUCCUUGCUCGAGUCUCCGGUGCUGCUUUCCAACAUGAAAGUGGAGCCUUCCCCAACAACUGGUUCCUUACCAAAGAAUCAAAUAGUGCUGGAUCCUGUUGGUUCUGCCUCAUUUUCAUCUACUGCAGAUGGUUCCAGUGGCAAUGAGAUAAACGUUGGUAACUUUGAGUUCAGGCCCCACAAUAGAUCAAGCUUGGGUUCAGGCUUAUCUUCAUUAGGUCAUUUGGCUUCUGCUUCAAACCUUCAGCAUCAUGAGGCACGAGUUGAAGUCCAAGAUCAAGGCCAAACUCAGUCAUUUGCAACAUCAUCUUAUGUUAAAAGUGAUAAGGCGGCAGAUCCAUCUGUUACUGCUCCCAAUCCACAGGCAUCCAUGGUUGCUUCAAGUGCUAGUCUACCUAUCAAAAUUGAUUAUGGAAAACUGCAGCAGAGCCAGGGUUUUGAUAUUGGGGUCCAAGCAGCACUUUCUGAACAGAAAGAGUCAAAUCCUUCGUUCACUGCAGAAAAAUCAUCAGAAGAUGGAUAUAAUUGGCGGAAGUAUGGGCAGAAACAUGUUAAAGGAAGUGAAUUCCCCCGGAGCUAUUACAAAUGUACACACCCUAAUUGCCAAGUGAAGAAGCAAUUAGAACGCUCUCAUGAUGGAAAGGUCACAGAGAUUAUUUACAAAGGUAGGCAUGAUCAUCCUAAACCUCAAGCUAGACGUCGAUUUGCAGUUGGGGCUGCUCUGUCCAUCCAUGAAGAGAACCAGGACAAGUUUUCUUAUUUAACAAACAUAGAACACAAGACAUCCCAUGCACAUGGCCAGACAUCUUAUCAUGGGGAGCUAGAUAGUGUGCCAGAGGUUCCUCCAUUCACGGCAAGUGAUGAUGAGCAGGAAGCUGAUGAGGAUGAUGUUGAUGAUCCUGAUUCAAAGCGAAGGAGGCUAGAAUGUGGUGGUUUAGAUGUAAUUCCAUUGCAUAAGCCAACUCGAGAACCACGAGUGGUUGUUCAAACUGUGAGUGAAGUUGAUAUACUAGAUGAUGGAUAUCGUUGGCGCAAAUAUGGGCAGAAAGUGGUGAAAGGCAAUCCUAAUCCAAGGAGCUACUACAAGUGCACAAAUGCCGGAUGCCCAGUCAGGAAACAUGUGGAAAGAGCAUCACAUGAUCCAAAAGCAGUCAUAACCACUUAUGAGGGAAAACAUAACCAUGACGUACCUGCUGCAAGGAGUAAUACUCAUGACACAGUAGGAUCAAGCAUUUACUCAACAUCAAUGGAUGCCAUUUUAAGGACUAAACUAGAAGAAACUGACACAAUAAGCCUUGAUCUUGGGGUUGGCAUUAGCUUGAGUCCUGACAAUGGAUCAAAUGAGAGGCCACAAACAAUGGAGGCAGACCCUGAUCGAACCCAAAUCCAUAUUGUGGGUUCUGAUUGUAGUAAACUAAUUCAAGCAACCUCAUCUUCGGCAUACUACAGCAUUUCAAAUGAUUCCGUUGAUCAGCGUGAAAUUAGAGAAAACCAAGGUGGAAACUUUACCUUUGAGGCUCCACCUCUAAACCGGUCCUCUAAUCCAUACCCCCAAAGCAUGGGGAGCUUACUAAUGGGUCCCUAAAAUAGUCUCAUGGGUCCAACCUGAGUCUUCCAUGCAAAGUGCAAGUACAUCAAGUUGAAGAUCCCAAUGGCUUGACAUAGAGCGCUUUGCUGACAAUUGCAUCACUGUCUUGUUAACCGCAGCCUCCCAGCAACAGUUUGCUUACUUGUCCAACUGUUGUACAUGCAUUAACCCUAGUAGUCUGAAAUUGUUUGUACAUAUGUGAAAUUCGGUCAGGAGUCAUGCAACUUUUCGUGGACAACUAUAAAAGUGUAAUUUCCAAAGUCUUUUUCCGAUUAUUAUUGUAGUCACGGUCAACUGUUUCA